ACCGAUGCCAUUGCCCACAUCAUCGCGUCGCGCAGUCUCCAGCGGGUUGGGGCUGAAGGGAACCGAGGGACCGCCACAAGAGGCGGCGAGGGCACGCACUACACGUACUCCAUUCUCGCCAAGGUGGACGACGGGGUCACGACGCAAUCCAUCAACGAUCCAAAUGGCUCUUCAAGGUCUACCCUAUAGUUCAGGUGGGGCAUAAAGCCACAGCAUCACCAUCUAGGCCACGGCCAUGAGCUCAGCUACCUCUACCGCAGCACAUUCGUGCGUUGAUAAUGCGGUUCAGUGACCUAUCAAUCGUGCUUCGGAAUCGAGCCAAGAGUGGACCUCGUUGAUGAGUGGGGUAGCUGCAAAAUGGCCCUCCAGGUCAACCUAAGCAAAGGCAAGGGCAACAGUGGCGAAUAUGGUGCCUGCUGCGGCUACUAGUUGGACCCGGUCGGAACGUCUGGUUUCGCGUUGGCCUCCCGACUUGACAAAGGAGGAAAGCUUCAACUUGCUUCCGUGAUUGCUUUGAUGGCGCGCUCGGUAAGUGACCUGGCGGUUAGGGUGGAUGGUGAUUCUGCGUGGUGAUAGUAGUCUGGAUAGAGGCGAUCAAGCAUCAUAAUGGCAAUAUGCAGAAGCGCACCAUGGAUUGCCAGCUGGAAAGCACCGAGACUGUGGUGCAAUGAGGCGAGCCUGUGUUGCGAGCAGUCUCUGCAUG